AGUAGACAGUAUGUAUCCUUAUGACUACGUGUGAGGGUCACAACUGGAGCUGUGUUUGCGAAUGAAUUGGCAUGUGUUUGAGACCGGGUUUUAUUCUAAAGAGACAAUCAGGAACCACGAAGGAAAUAGCCAAUCUACCUGGAACUACGUCAGACUUUGCCGUUGUGGAGCUGUUGACCAAGUGGCUACUGGAAACUGAAAUAAGACUUGCGUGGAUAACUUCGAGGAAAGUAUAGCCUAACGUUAACGCUGACACACGAGAAGAACGACUGUAACGUUAGUUUUCUCAAUAAUAACAUGAAAAAGGAACAGAUUGAGGCAUUGGGCUUUGUUCCUCAAAAGGAUAUUGUCUACAAUAAACUGCUGCCUUAUGCUGAUAAAUUGGAUAAUGAAUCCAAUGAAAUCUUGGCGAAAAUUAAAGCUAACUUGGGGCGAGCGGUCCAGCUCAGGGAGUUAUGGCCUGGAGCACUGUUUUGGACAAGAAAACUCGCAAAUUACAUGCGCCUCUAUGGUCGGAAGUUCAGCAAAGAGGACCAUGUGCUGUUCAUCCAACUACUUUACGAGCUGGUCACCUUGCCACACCUGGAGGUUAGCAUGAUGCUAAGCUUCGCCAGGCCUCUCAUCAACCUCCUGAAGAAGAAAGAGCUGCUUUCUAGAGAUGACCUGGAGUUGCCUUGGCAACCACUCUAUAACCUUUAUGAGAAGAUUCUGUACUCCAAAACAGAGCAUCUUGGUCUCAACUGGUUUCCCAGUUCUCGCAGUGGGGGAGCCGGUAAACAAAAAGUGCUAAAUUUUAUUCGCAAGCGUUCGGUGGAGAAUGUCCUGAAGACCCUGGUGAAGAGCUGUCGGCUGUACUUCCCUGUGGCCUCCACCCAGGAGAUGCUGGACGAAUGGCGACCAUUGCUGUGUCCGUUUGAUGUCUCUCAGCAGAAGGCCAUCAGCUACUUUGAGCUCUUCCUGCCCACAAUCAUGGCCCCUGAGCAGCAUGACCAGGGCUUCAGGUUGUGGUUUGAUGAGCUGAUGAGUCUGUGGGUGUCGGUGCAGAACCUGCCAUGCUGGGAGGGGAACCUGGUCAAUCUGUUUGCCCGUCUGGCUAAUGAUAACAUUGGCUAUGUCAACUGGGAGCCAUAUAUUCCUAAGAUUUUCACGCGGAUCCUGCGAAGCUUCAAUCUGCCCGUGGGAACCAGUCAGAUGGUGGUGCCACGCUACCUCGCCAACUCCUAUGACGUGGGCCAUGUAGUGCUGUGGAUCUCCUCCCUGCUGGGUGGUCCUGGGAACCCAGCUCAGAAGCAGCUCAACGGGCUGUUCAACAGCAUCGCCUCUUUCUACCACCCCUCCAACAAUGGCCGCUGGCUGAUGAAGCUAAUGAAGCUGCUGCAGCGUCUGCCCGCCAGCGUGGUGCGGCGGCUUCACCGCGAACGCUACAAGAAGCCGUGCUGGAUCGCCGACGUGCCGCCCACGCACCGACUCACCGAACAGGAUAUCAACGACUUUGUGCAGAGCAUGAAGCAGCCCGUGCUGCUGGCCAUGUUCAGCAAGACGGGCAGCAUGGACGCCGCGCAGGCCCUGCAGAACCUCGCCCUCAUGAGGCCUGAGCUCGUCAUCCCACCUGUGCUGGAGAAGACAUACCCGGCCAUGGAAACUCUGACGGAGCCUCACCAGCUGACCGCCACCCUCAGCUGCAUGAUCGGCAUGGCACGCAGCCUCUUCUGUGCUGGACGGCACUACCCAGAGGGCCCCGCACAUGUACUGCCCCUGCUCAUGCGUGCCCUGCCCGGGGUAGACCCCAACGACUUCAGCAAGUGCAUGAUCACAUUCCAGUUCAUCGCUACCUUCACCACCCUGGUGCCUUUGGUGGACUGCUCUGCUGCCCUGCACGAGAGAAAUGACCUGACGGAGAUGGAGAGAGAGCUGUGCUCCGCCUCUGCUGAGUUCGAAGACUUUGUUCUGCAGUUCAUGGACCGAUGCUUUGCUCUAAUUGAGAGCAGCACACUGGAGCAGACGAGAGAGGAGACCGAGACGGAGAAGAUGACCCACCUGGAGAGUCUGGUGGAGCUGGGCCUCUCCUCCACCUUCAGCACCAUCCUCACACAGUGCUCCGUCGACAUCUUCAAGGUGGCUCUGGAGAAGGUGUUUAACUUUGCCACCGCUAACAUCUUUGAGACACGUGUGUCUGGUAGGAUGGUGGCAGACAUGUGCAGAGCCGCCUCCAAGUGUCACCCUGCUGAGGCGCUCAAGCUCUUCGUGCCACACUGCUGCAAUGCAAUCACCCACCUCACUGCCAAUGAGGACGUGCUGAAGGAGGAGGAGCUGGACAAAGAGCUGCUGUGGAAUCUGCAACUGCUCUCUGAGGUGACGCGUGUGGACGGCGAGAAGCUGUUGGCGUAUGGGCCGCAGCUGGUGCGGAUCCUGCAGAUGGCGCUGCACCUGCGCAGCAAACAGGGCUACAGCCUGGCCUGCAACCUGCUGCACCACCUGCUGCGCUCCACGGCACUCAUCUACCCCACCGACUACUGCAGCGUGCCCGGCGGCUUCCAUCGCCCGCUCAGCGAGUACCUGCCCAUCAAGGACUGGGGGCGGGCAGGUGACCUGCGGGACCUGCAGAUCCAGUGGCACGUGCCCAGUGCUGAGGAGACGGCCUUCGUCUUCUACGUGCUGGACCUCUUCCUCCAGCCAGAGCUGCAGCGCCUGCAGAAAUACGCACAGGGAGAGCUGGACAUGAGCCGUGAUGAAGUCCUCCAAAGUCUCUCCAUUGUUCAGAACUGUCUGCUGGGAGCUGGGAGCAUGCUGCCUUCACUGGACGGCCCCCCUGUUCCUCAGACGGUGCCCAGUCUGGUCAGUCUGGAGGAGACGGGCCUUUACAUCGGGGUGGAAUAUGACACCACCAGGGAGAACUACAGAGAGGCCAUUUGUAAAGUCAUGAGACUCUUGUUACGUCACAUCUUGGAGCAAUCUGAGGAUGACACCAAGUCUCUUUUUGCAAUCAUCAAGAUCAUCAGUGACUUGAUGCACUUCAAAGGCUCCCAGAAGCACGAGUUUGACUCCCGUUGGAAGAGCUUCACUCUGGUGAAGAAGUCCAUGGAGAACAGACUCCAUGGGAGGAAGAAGCAUAUCCGAGCCCUGCUCAUCGACAGAGUUCUGCUCCAGCAUGAGAUGCGGAAGCUGCUUGUUGAGGGAAGUGAAUACAAGACCAUCCACAAGGACCUUCUGAUGGACCUGCUCUGUCUGUCCACAAGCACGUACAGCCAGGUGCGGAGCAAGGCCCAGAGUGUGUUCUUUGCGUCGCUGGCCACGUACAACUUCUGCUGCAGAGACAUCGCCCCCCGCGUGCUGGAGCUGCUGCAGCCCCACCGCUCUGACAUCACCCAGCAGCAGUUCAAGGGGGCACUCUACUGCCUGCUGGGGAACCACCAUGGAGUAUGUCUGGCCAACCUGCAUGACUGGGACUGCAUCGUGCUGUCGUGGCCGGCGAUCGUGCGCACAGGCCUGAGCCAGGCCAUGUCCCUGGAGAAGCCCUCCAUCGUGCGCCUCUUUGAUGACCUCGCCGACAAAGUGCAGCGCCAAUAUGAGACCAUUGGCAUCGACUUCAGUGUGCCCGACAGCCUGGUGCUGAUUGGUCGGAAGCUGACAGAAUCCCAGGGCCCUGCCCCCAGUCUGGCCACGCCCACUGACAUGGAGCUGGAGCAGGGGCUGCUCAUGCAGCAGAGCAGGAACGCCGACGCCGUGGCGAAAUAUGAAGCCCUUGUGAAGGACCUGCUUGAAUGUCUUGAUGAGCGUGACCUGCCGUGGAAGUUUGAGCACAUGGCUAUCGGCUUCCUGUCGCUGCUGCUGAGAGAUGACUACCCCCUCCCGGCCCGCGCUGUCCUGUUCUUUACUGAGUGCCUCAACCACGACGCCCUCGUAGUGCGCAAGGUGGCAAUAUCUGCGUUUGGUGGUGUACUGAAGCAACUCAAGAGACCACGCAAAAAAGUGGACGUCAUUCCGAGUAAAGUCAGUGGUGUGGAGGAAUCAGAGGGCCUGGUGGGUGGAGACAGGCCAGGGAACCUGUGGCUGCAGUACCAGCACAGCCUGCUGCCGCGCUCCGAGGAGGAGUGGAACGCCACCACCUUCGUGGAGAAGACACACUGGGGCUACUACACCUGGCCCAAGAAACUGAUCGUCUAUGCCCCCGCACCAGAACAGCCAGAGGACCCAACGCUAGGUGACAUGAAUGAGAGAGAACGCAUCAUCUAUGAUCACUUCUCCGACCCGGAGUUUGUGGACCAGCUGAUCCAGUUUCUCUCCUUGGAGGACCGCAAAGGCAAAGACAAGUUCAACCCACGCCGAUUCUGCCUCUUCAAGGGUCUGUUCCGUAACUACAGCGAUGCCUUCUUGCCCGUGCUGAAGCCGCAUAUGGAGCGGCUGGCCAGCGACUCGCAUGAGAGCACCCAGCGCUGUGUGGCCGAGAUCAUCGCUGGCCUAGUGCGGGGCAGCAAGCACUGGAAAUACCAAAAGGUGGAGGCCCUGUGGCAGUUCCUGAUGCCACUCAUGCGCACCGCCCUGUCCCGCAUCACAGUUGAAACCUACACCGACUGGGGCACCUGCGUCGCCACUGCCUGCGAGAGCCGCGACCCCCGGAAGCUCCACUGGCUGCUUGAGAUGCUGAUGGAGUCCCCCCUCAGUGGAGAGGGAGGGUCCUUCGUCGAUGCCUGUCAUCUGUACGUGCUGCAGGGAGGUCUCGCUCAGCAGGAGUGGAGAGUCCCGGAGCUUCUACACCGGCUGCUGGAGUACCUGGAGCCCAAGCUCACACAGGUGUACAAGAACGUACGGGAACGCAUCGGCAGUGUGCUGACGUACAUCUUCAUGAUCGACGUGACGCUGCCGUCGAUUCGGCGCACCACGUCGCCGCACCUGCAGGACUUCACGGAGCGCGUGAUGCUGCGCCUCAAGCCCCUGCUGGAGGGAGAGGAGGAGAUCCAGAACCACGUGGUGGAGGAGAACGGAGUGGGCGAGCAGGACGAGAGGACGCAGGCCAUCAAGCUCUUCAAGACCGUGUUGAAGUGGCUGAUGGCCAGUGCUGGACGCACCUUCUCCACUCCAGUGCCUCAGCAGCUGCAGCUCCUACCUCUACUCUUAAAGAUUGCUCCUGUGGAGAAUGACGACAGCUACGAUGAGCUGAAGAGGGACGCCAAGACCUGCCUGUCCCUGAUGUCCCAGGGCCUGCUCUACCCUGAGCAGAUCCCCCUGGUGCUGUCUGCACUGAAGGAGAUUGCAGGCAGUAGCUCAUGGCACGCCCGCUUCUCGGUGCUGACCUACCUGCAGAUCAUGGUUUUCUACAACCUUUUCACCCUGCUGGAUGACCAGGAGUCCGUCAGGGAUGUCCGAGGUCUGGUCAUUAGGCUGCUGGAGGAUGAGCAGCUGGAGGUGCGAGAGAUGGCCGCCACCACCCUGAGUGGCUUCCUGCAGUGUGGCUUCCUCUGCAUGGACGGCAGCAUGCAGAGCCACUUUGAGGCCCUGUGUAAGACGCGCCUGCCCAAGAAGAGGAAGAGGGAGCGGGGCUCUGUGGUGGACACCAUCCCCUCAGUCGAUCUGGUGCGGCGCCAUGCAGGGGUGUUGGGUCUAAGCGCCUGUGUCCUCUCCAGCCCUUACGACGUGCCCACCUGGAUGCCCCAGCUUCUCAUGGACCUCAGUGCCCAUCUCAAUGACACACAACCUAUUGAGAUGACCGUGAAGAAGACGCUGUCCAACUUUCGCCGCACUCACCAUGACAACUGGCUGGAACAUAAACAACAGUUCACCGAUGACCAGUUAGGGGUGCUCACUGACCUGCUGGUGUCUCCCUGUUAUUAUGCCUAGACAGGUGAAGCCACCCGCCAACACGCUCCCCAGCCGAGCAACAGCCGAGCUGAAGCCCACGCGAGUCCAACACAGACUGUCCCAGUGCUGCUCAUGUCUCUUCUCUUCCCCAGGGGCAGUGCAUACCAGGCUCUCUAAUGCUGCAAGUUGUAGUGUUCUAUUUUUAUUUACAAAAUGAAAUUUUUAUUUUAUAUAAAAUGGUAAUUAAAGCUAUUAUGCAGAAGACGUUCGGGGCAGGGAGGGGGUGAUGGGAGACCAUCAUCCUCCUGUGGCAACGCUCCUCUGUAUGGGAGGCCAGUCCUCAGCUCUGCCCACACUACAGAAGACCCUCUGACGCCAGACUCUCUGACACCAGCCAGACCCAGCAGCGAUGGGCCAGUGGGGGGUAAGGAGGAGGGGGGGUGUCA